AAUUGAAAAAUAUCAAGGACAAUUACCGAAAAAAGUAUAUACAUAAAUCCGGACAGGCAGCAAAAUCAGACAAACCUUAUAUAUAUGCAAAUAUUUUAGAGUUCCUUCGACCAACAAUGGAAAACAGAAACACUGAGAGUAAUGUUGCUGUACAAAACGACAGAGAGUACACCACAGACAAUGAAAAUGAUAUAUCCGCAGAUGCUAACCACUCGGGUGUAUCUGAAGAAGUCUCCAGCUGUUCAUCGAAAAAAAAAAAAGACUACAGAAAAUUCUUUUGAAAACCAAUUAAUACGUGUAUUAAAAGAACGCAGAGUUUGAGACGAUCCGGUGACAUCAUUUCUGAUGUCUUUGGCUCCUCAAAUCAAAAAAAUGACAGAAGACCAGCAAAAUCAAGUUUAUAUUGAAAUGAUACAAAUAGUUCAAAGAGUAAAAACUUCUAAUAAUUCUGAUCAAAUUCAACCACAAUCCAUUCCUUCUUCAAUUAACAAUAGUGCUUUUCAACCCUUGCAAUAUUCAUAUAAUAAUACUAACUCAUACCCGACAUACCCGUUCAGUUUCCACCUACCAACAACUUCAUACAUUUCAAGUGCCUCACCAACAUCUUCUACAAAUACAAAUAUGCCCAUAAACUAUGAACCUCAUAAUAUAAAUGGGAACAAUUCUAACAUUCACAGACAUCAAGUAUAUCACCCACAUACCCAAUCAUCUGCUCUUACUCCACAACUACCCGUUACACCAAAUGAUACUGCAACUGUUAACUCAUACUAUUCACAAAAAAACUACUCUCACACUGAAUCUUCUAAUACAUCUGUACCAACAGGUCACUCUGACAAUAGUUACUAUACUAAAAACUUAACUCCAUAUAACACAGAUAACACUAAUUCACAAUAAAUAACAUUUUAUUACCUUUUUUUUGUUUUUUUUAUAUUUUACAGUUAUUAGU